GAUCUAAAAUAGGUUGAUAUAUAGACCUAAAUGCAUGACCGGAUUGGAGAUGUGACAGUCGUUGCUUUGCUUUUAGGUUGUUUCUGCUGCUCCAUGGAGUCUGGUGUGCGCAUUUACAAUGUGGAGCCUUUGAUGGAGAAGGGCCACUUGGAUCACGAGCAGGUGGGCAGCGUGGCGUCGUGCUCCAUGCUGCAUCGCUCCAACCUGCUGGCCGUGGUCGGGGGCGGAGUCAGCCCCAAGUUCUCUGAGAUAUCCGUGCUGAUCUGGGAUGACGCGUGCGAUUCCCGAGACGCCAAAGACAAGCUGGUCCUGGAGUUCACCUUCACCAAGCCGGUGCUGGCGGUCCGGAUGCGACACGACAAGAUCGUCAUGGUGUUGAAGAACAGGAUCUAUGUGUACAGCUUACCCGACAAGCCGCUCAAGCUCUUUGAGUUUAAUACGCGCGACAACCCCAAAGGUCUGUGCGACUUGUGUCCGAGUCUGGACAAGCAGCUGCUGGUUUUCCCGGGACACAAAUGUGGAAGUCUGCAGCUGGCGGACCUGUCCAACAGCAAGCCCGGGACGUCGUCGGCGCCGUUCACCAUCAACGCGCACCAGAGCGAGAUCGCCUGCCUGGCGCUCAACCAGCCGGGAAGCGUGGCCGCCUCGGCCUCUCGCAAGGGGACGCUCAUACGCCUCUUUGACACCAGCAGCCGCGACAAACUGGUGGAGCUGCGGCGAGGCACCGACCCCGCCACGCUCUACUGCCUCAACUUCAGUCACGACUCGUCCUUCUUGUGCGCAUCCAGUGACAAAGGGACGGUCCGCAUCUUCGCCCUGAAAGACACCAAACUUAACCGCCGCUCCGCGUUGGCGCGCGUGGGCAAGGUGGGCCCCGUCAUCGGCCAGUACGUGGACAGCCAGUGGUCGCUGGCCAGCUUCACCGUGCCCGCCGAGUGCGCCUGCAUCUGCGCCUUCGGGAAGAACACAUCCAAGAACGUCAACUCCGUCAUCGCCAUCUGCGUGGACGGCACCUUCCACAAGUACGUCUUCACGCCCGACGGAAACUGCAACCGAGAAGCCUUUGACGUCUACCUGGACAUUUGCAACGACGACGACUUUUGAUCCAGGACGGAAGGAAACGGGGAAGGACCCAAGGAAGAAACGGCAGGACACUUCAAGUGAAGCCA